CUGGUGGAGGCCGGAGAGAAGAGUUGUUAUCGAAGCAGAGGCAGCGGGAGCAGGAGCAGCAGCAGCGUAGGGGGCGUGUGACUCUGUUUGUGGUGGCCUAAAGCAGCACAACACGGCGUGAAUGAGAGAGGCAAGCUGGAGGAAUUCAAUAUGGCAUCCGGAGAUACGCUGUACAUUGAGACAGACGGCUCGGAGAUGCCGGCCGAGAUUGUGGAGCUCCACGAGAUAGAGGUGGAAACGAUACCGGUGGAGACUAUCGAAACUACGGUAGUUGGCGGGGAUGACGACGACGACGACGGGCAGCCCAUGAUCGCUCUACAACCGCUCGUUACGGACGAUCCUAGCUCCAUUCACCACCACCAGGAGGUGAUCCUGGUCCAGACCCGAGAGGAGGUGGUCGGUGGGGAUGACUCGGACCUGCACACGGACGGUGGUGGUGGGUUUGAGGACCAGAUCCUCAUCCCGGUACCGGCUCCGGGAGUUGAGGACGAAUACAUUGAACAGACUUUAGUGACCGUUGCUGGGAAAAGCUCAGCGGGUCGUGUUAAACGGGGAGGUGGCAAAAAAACGGGGAAAAAGAGCUACCUAAGCGGUGCAGACGUCGGCGGAAGAAAAUGGGAGCAGAAGCAGGUGCAAAUAAAGACUCUGGAGGGGGAAUUUUCAGUCACAAUGUGGGCUUCGGAUGACAAUAAAGACAUUGACCAUGAGUCAGUGGUGGAGGAGCAGAUCGUCGGGGAGAACUCCCCUCCAGAUUACUCCGAGUACAUGACGGGGAAGAAAUUGCCCCCCGGUGGCAUCCCAGGCAUCGACCUGUCGGACCCCAAGCAGUUGGCAGAAUUUGCCAGAAUGAAACCCAGGAAAGUCAAGGAGGACGACGCGCCACGGACGAUAGCUUGCCCUCAUAAAGGCUGCACAAAGAUGUUCAGGGAUAACUCAGCCAUGAGGAAACAUCUCCACACUCACGGCCCCCGCGUUCACGUCUGCGCGGAGUGUGGCAAAGCUUUCGUUGAGAGCUCCAAACUUAAACGCCACCAACUCGUUCACACAGGGGAGAAACCCUUUCAGUGUACAUUUGAGGGCUGCGGGAAAAGGUUUUCUCUGGACUUCAACCUGCGCACACACGUGCGGAUCCACACUGGAGACCGACCCUACGUCUGCCCGUUUGACGGCUGCAAUAAGAAGUUUGCCCAGUCGACCAACCUAAAGUCUCACAUUCUGACACACGCCAAAGCCAAAAAUAACCAAUGAGGACCUGCCCGCUGGUGUCAGGCCACACUGACGGGAAACAAAAAGCACCCUAGCUGCACACAUGAAACCUCUUUCGAGGCCGGAACAAAAAGCUUGAGACUUAAUUGAUUUAUAAAACAAAAGUCUGACAGAUGAAAAAAAAGAAACACUGAAAACUGACUCAUUUCCCUGCAUCCCCUUUCUUCUGCUGUCAUAUUGGAUGACUAUUCCCCAAAGACCAAGGCAACACGGUCACCUUUGUUUCUUCAGUGGCGCUCAGCUGCCAGGAGAUGGAACUCGUGGACACGCGUCAGAGACUUAUUUUUACCAGAGUGAGAAGCAGCAGUCCAUGAGUCCUUUUAUUUUCUUGCAUAGUUUUUAUUUUCCCCGGGUGUGCAUAUUGUACACACGACUUGGGCUACGGUUGGUAAAAUUGUGAUUGUGAUUUUUUUUCCCCUCUUUCUGUCCUGCACCAUAUUACAAAAAGGCAUCAGCCUUGUGUGAAAUGUUUUUAAAAAAAGACUAUGUUUGCAUUUCCAUACCCUCCUUGGUUGAAUUUUUCUCUAACCACACAAUAAUCUUGUAUACUUGUAUUGUAUGGCUGUAUUGAAAUUAUGUAGACAUAGUUAGAGGUGUGAUUUAAAGUGUUAACAGAUUUAACUUUUAGUCAUCAGUUGCUUUAUAUUUUCUAUGAACUGUCUUUACACAAACAGAUGAGACAUAAACACUUAUUCAGAGCCCGUCCCAUCCCAACUAUCUGACACAUACGUCGAACUGACUGCGAGACCAUCAAUUUCUAUGUUAGAAUGUAAUGUACUGAUGUCAUCCAUUACCUUCCUUUGUUAAUAUUUACACACACAUGUAUCUCCACUGCCCACAAUAAAAUGGGUCACUACAACCCUCUCUUAACAGGUA